AGGGUAUAGGGUUUCAUGUAGAACACAUCGGGAGACAAUCCUGGGGGUAAUUGGCUUCCUGGAGCAUACCUGAACCCUGCGAGGAACUGUUUGAGUAAUAGUGCAAAGAAAAGGUCGGACGACGUUGUGAUCAGAUGGCGUAACGAAGGAAGCGAUGAUCUUCCGGUCAACGCCAUGACGCUUCUUGAGUUACGGUCACAUGUUUGGUUAACUGCACAUGCUCUUAACGCUUUGGGUUUGGAGGAAGAGUCAGCAAUCGCUAUUGACAUGCCGAUGAACGUUGAGUCAGUGAUCAUAUACCUUGCCAUUGUUCUAGCUGGUCACGUUGUUGUUUCUAUAGCUGAUAGCUUCUCUCCCCGUGAAAUAUCGACGCCGCUUAAAAUUUCAAAAGCAAAAGCCAUAUUUACUCAGGAUGAGAUCAUUCGUGGUGAUAAAAGUAUUCCCCUUUAUAGAAGAGACGUUGAUGCAGAAGCACCCUUGGCAAUUGUUAUUCCAGCGAGAGGCUCAUUCGUCAGAAUGAACCUCCGUGAGAAUGAUUUGUCUUGGAACGAGUUUUUGGGAAAGGCAGGAAAUAUGAGAGGCGUGGAAUAUAUUGCUGUAGAGAAACCAGCAGGAGCCUAUUACAUGAUACAGAAAAUGUGAAAUAAAAAAAUCAUAGUAGAACACGAGGCUUGUAGCGCAAGAAAGAGUGAGAUCGUAGCUCCCUUGCUCAGACAUCGACGGUGAUUCCGGCUUACGUUGACAAGGACGUGGUUUCUCCGGUGACUUGCGGAACAUGGCCGUGUGGAUUGGCACUGGUGGUGAUCAAGACAUGCAACGGAUCGCCAUCAAACGUGCGAUGGUUUGUGAUGAACGGUGGCUCCUGUUUGCUCGUCACGUCUCGGGUUUGAAGUGGUAAUACUAAAGGCGGCUGAUCUCUCGAUACAACAGGCUCUGUACUUCGUUAGGUUUUAGAAGGGACUAUACACAACAUGUAUAUAUAGCUCGGCUCAUUAAUGGUUUGGUUCAAUCAAAAUAAAUUAUAAAUAAAACCAAACCAUGAGGUACUAAACCGAA